UGCUUGGCUGACCUAUAUUAUUAAAAUCAAUUCUCUGGCCUCAGAUUUCUAUCUCUAUAUAAGAUAUAUAAGCAGCAACUCCACACAAGUGUUUUCAAAAAUCAUCUUGCUUAUACCCCACCUUUCCUAGAUUUUAGAUCUCUUUUCUAUUUCUCCAACAUCAUGUCCAAAUUAGCUCCCCUGCACUGGCUCCUAAUCCUUCUGGUUUUCUUAUUUGUUCUCUCAUCAGAAGCUGUCCCAACUACUAGAAGUUUUUUGCCAUACAGGGGAGAAUCCACAACCCAUGCUAGACUAGAUAGUCAGGGUCCUCUGGAAUUCAGAAAUGAAGAGGAAAAAUUAGAUGUGGCAGAAGAGUUCAUGGUAGAGGGAAGAAGUGAUUUGGAAAGCAAUGACUAUCCAGGGACAGGAGCAAACAACAGCCAUGACCCAAAGACACCAGGAAGAGAUUGAGAGACACAUGUAUAUUAGAUAAUUUGUAUAGAUUAAGAAUUAAGACAUGAGAGAAUGUUACAAAACUUGGUAUGGGACUUGCAUAUUCUUGCUGUUAGAAUAUAUUAUUCCUUCAUCACAUAUUUGGUAUUGGGGAUGAAUCUGUUUGUCUGAGCCGGCGGGUUACUUAUACUAUUUUGAUUUUGAUUUUGAUUUA